CUUCAUUGGCUAGCGGCCUGAAAACGGCGUGGGUCAGGUGCUCACCUGGACAUGGCUGACCGCGGCGGCUGGCGGACGCCGCGCCCCUGCGAAGCCUACCGCGCCGAGUGGCAGCUCUGUCGCAGCGCUGGGCACUUUCUGCACCACUACUACGUCCACGGCGAGCGGCCGGCCUGCGAGCAAUGGCGACGCGACCUGGACAGCUGCCGUGAAUGGAAGGAUCGUCGGAGCACGGAGGCCCAGCGGUCCCUCUGUGAGAGCGAGCGUGGGAGAGUCCAGGCUGCAAGAAAGCACGCCCUGGUGUGGACCCCGAGGCAAAGGCCCCCUGCAGACUGGCAUCUCCCUCUGCCGCAGGAUGAGAAAGACGAAUGACAAGCACCCCUGCAUGGCUUCCUCCGGUCUGUUUAAAGUAGGCUAUUGCACGACCCUAAGGACUCUGACUGGCCCAAAUAUUCUAGUUGGUACCUGGGAGCUUCACCUGGCUUGGAACACAGAGCUCAACGUCUCCAACGCUACUUGUCCAACCCUCACCUGCAUUCAGAGUACCCCACUGCUGCCAUGUUCUGGAAGACAGU